CAAAUUAACUUUGUAAUAAACUGACUAUGUCUUAAACAGUGCUACUGAAUACUGAUAUUGGCUAUUUGUGCACCUCGACAAAACAAUAAAGCGAUAGAAAUGCAACUGUCCGUUCUUGCUUGGGGCUGUCACACGCAAAAUUGAGCAGAAAUUUCAGCUGAUUCAUUUCUUAAUAAAUACCUUUAAUUGCUUGGAGUUGAUGAACUUUUAGAUGCUGCCUUUUCCUGAUAGAUUGCUAAAUCUCUGUUGAUAUCAAGUUCUCAUAAUCGUACAGCAACUGUCAUCUCACUCAGAUAGGAUAAUGUGUGGUUGUUAUCUUGCUCGUAUUGAUUGAAGUGUAAAACUUUGACUUAUCGCUUGAAAUGGUGGUCAUGAUUGCUAAACGAAUAGAUCAAUUUGGCCAAGUUCUGCGAGUCGUUGGACAUCGCUUUUGGUUAAGCAGUUGGCUUCAUUCAGUUUCAGGAACAAAAGAUGAAAUUGAAACAAUUGCUAGAAUCAUUAAUGACCACCCUUUUCCUGUUCAUCCACUCCAACCAACGCUUAAAAAUCAUAUCUCUCCGAGUAUCCUGUCUACCACGUUUGUUGAAAAUGUCCUUGGUCGCCUAUUUGCAGCACAUGCAAAUGGUCUUAAAGCAUAUGAAUUUUUUGAGUUCUGCCUCAGCCAUUCUGAGUAUAGUCCAACCUCUGAUGCAUUUGAGAAGACACUUCACGUGCUAGCAAGAAUGCGUUACUUUGAUAAAGGUUGGGAACUCAUGAAGAAAAUUCAACAGCUACAACCGUCGUUGCUCACCCUCAAGUCAUUGAGCAUCAUGCUAUCAAGAUUAGCAAAACAUCAGUCCUAUGAAGAUACCCUUGAAGCAUUUGAGAAGAUGGAGCAGCAUUUAUUCCCUGAGAAGAAAUUUGGCAUCGAAGAGUUCAAUAUUCUUCUUCGAGCAUUUUGCACGCAGAGGCAGAUGAAGGAAGCUCGUUCAGUAUUCAACAAACUCCAUUCUAGGUUCCCACCUGAUACCAAGACAAUGAAUAUCUUGCUUUUGGGAUUUAAGGAAUCAGGGGAUAUUACUGCCGUAGAGUUAUUUUACCAUGAGAUGGUUAAAAGAGGUUUUAAGCUUAAUUCCGUAACAUACAGUAUAAGAAUUGACGCAUACUGCAAGAAAGGUCGUCUUGGUGAUGCUUUGAAGCUAUUUGAAGAAAUGGAUAGGGUAAAUUGCUUGCCUACACUAGAAACGAUAACAACUUUGAUUCAUGGAGCAGGGAUUGCUCGUAAUAUAACUAAAGCUAAAGAACUCUUCAAUGAAAUGUUCAAGAGAAAUUUGCAACCAGAUACUGGAGCAUAUAAUGCCCUCUUGAGUUCUCUUAUCAAAUCUAGGGAUGUUAAAUCUGCAGCAGUCUUAAUGGAUGAGAUGGUGGAGAAAAAAAUCAAGUUUGACCAUUUAACUUACCACACUAUGUUCUGGGGAUUGAUAAGAACAAAUGAUAUUGGUGGUGUCAUUGAUCUUUACGAAAGGAUGGUCGACAAAAACUUCUUGCCUAAGGCACGUACUGUUGUGAUGCUGAUGAAAUUCUUCUGUGCGAACCACAGAGUUGAUCUGGGUUUGAGUUUAUGGAAUUACCUGAUGGAUAAAGGACACUGUCCACACUGCCAUUCUUUGGAAAUUCUGGUCACAGGAUUGUGCUCCCGUGGGAGAGUUGAAGAAGCAUUUGAGUGCUCUGAGGAAUUGUUGAAGAGGGGUAGGCACAUGAGUGAGCUAGUGUUUCAGAUGUUGAAGAGGUAUCUCUUACAGCUAGGAGAGGAGGAUAAGUUACAGAAGCUGUACCAAAUGACAAAGAAAUUAGAAAUGAUAUUGCCUCCUUAUGGACAAACUAUUGGGCACAGCCUAGGUGCAGAUCUGUAAGGAGUUUUUCCUAUAAAAGAGGUUAUGUGAUCACACUUCUUACAGUACUACAUGAGAUGCAUAUAACUGUUACAAAGCAUAAUUUUGGCAGUGCCGUCUAAAAGUACGAGCUGUGGAAGUUGGCUAGCUGGUAAGGAAGGAAUAUUGACCUGUUCUGUAUGUGCCAGAUCCCAUCAGAUGUAACUGGGAAAGAUCUAAAUACUGAAAGGUAUCUGCACCUUCUUCCCCUCAAAGCAUGCCUUGUUCCUCUUCGACCAUAUCGUCCACAAAAUGCAAUUUGGGAUAGUUCUUCAUAUCUGCUUUAAGCUUCUUGAGAGAGCCAAACUUCCGAAAGGCUACUGAUCUUCUGUGGUAUUACCAAAGAAAUACCCAUGAUGGCUGAGGUAAGUCAGAGGUUUACUGAUGACACGGCCACUGUUCUCUUGUCAGAUGAGUUGAACUAUAGUAAGAGAUUUAUUACAGGCCUUCCAAGAUCAUCAAAUGGAUUGUGUUAUACUGGAUUUACCCUUUCUUAGGCCCCUCUUAUAUCCUUGGCUUAAGAUGGACGAUAAAAAGCACUCUCUGGCAGACCACCAAAUGGCAUCGCAAAGGUGCAGAAUUUCUUUACCGUCAAAUUGUCACUGAAGUUCAUUAAAAAGGUAAGGUCCGCACAUCAAGAAGAAAUACAUGGUUGAAUUAAUGGCUCCUACCGGAUUAUUAGUAGAAUGCAAUAUGGACUUCCAGGGAGUAUACAUCAAUUUUAUGUCAUUAGAUGCCUCGUGUGAUUCGUUGCUUCAUGCCCAUAUUUUUCAAUUACAGUGUAUUGGUAAACCUCUGUCUGUUGAAGCUAUUACUUUUGCCAAUAUUUUUCAGAAAAGUCA